AUGCCAAGUGUAAGCACUCAACCAAUCAGUUAUCACGAAAAAUCUUCCAUUGUUGUCUUUGGGGCCUCCGGUGAUCUAGCCAAGAGAUCCAUCUUCCCAGGUUUAUUCAGUUUAUACAGGGAAGGGUUUUUAAAGCCAAAUACACAAAUUAUUGGUUACGCAAGAUCUAAAUUGACUAAAGAACAAUUGAUUUCCAAGUUCCAAGGCUUUUUAAGAAAACCAGAUGGUGCUAUUGAUGAUGUCAAAGAAAAGGAAUUCUACAACAUGUUAACUUAUGUUUCUGGCGCUUAUGACUCCGAUGAAGGCUACGAAGAAGUUAGAAACAUAUUAGAAACUUUUGAAAAUAAUGAAGGUGUCACUGACCCACGUCGACUCUUCUAUUUCUCCAUUCCACCAAACGUUUUCAUUCCAGUAGCUCAACAAAUCAAGAAGUUAUUAUACGUUCCAAAUGGUGGUACCAGGGUUGUAGUAGAGAAGCCAUUCGGUAAUGACUUAAAGACUGCUGAAAUUCUAGAAGCUGAAUUAGAAAAAUUAUUCACAGAAGAUGAAAUGUUAAGAAUGGAUCAUUUCUUAGGUAAAGAAUCUAUUCAAAGUUUAAUUCCAUUAAGAUUCAGUAACGAACUUCUUUCUGCUGUUUGGGAUAGGAAGUCUAUCAAGAGCAUGUAUUUAUCCUUCAAAGAACCAUUUGGUACCGAAGGUCGUGGUGGAUACUUCGAUCCAGUUGGUAUGAUUAGAGACGUCAUGCAAAAUCAUUUAUUACAAGUUAUUGCUUUGAUUACCAUGGAAAAACAAAGAUCCUUUGAUUCAAAAGGUAUUCGUGACGCUAAAGUCAAUGUUUUAAAGGCCAUGACACCAUUCGAUAAUGACAAUGUCCUAGUUGGUCAAUACUCUAGAUCCGUAGAUGGUAAGAAACCAUCAUAUCUAGAUGACGAAACUGUCCCAAAGGGUUCAAAAUCUAACACUUACGCCUUUGUCACAUUCAAUAUUGACAACGACCGUUGGAGAGGUGUCCCAAUUAUUAUGGGUGCUGGCAAAGCCACUGAUGAAGAUCAAAUUGAAGUUAGAGUACAAUUCCACAAGGACACACCAUUUUUUUCUCAAUAUCCACAGACUGAAUUGGUCAUUAGAACUCACCCAGAUUUUGCCGUUUACCUUGAUUUCCAUGGUAAGAUUCCAGAAUUGGAAAAGAUCCCACCAAUUCCAGAUGCAGAAGCUUACAGAGUCUUAAUUAAGGAUGCUAUUAAGGGUGACUCCUCAAAAUUUGUUGGUUUCGAUGAAUUAGAAACAUCUUGGAAGCUAUUCACUCCAUUAUUAAACCAUCUGGAAGGUCCAAAUGGUCCACAACCAGAACUUUAUCCAUAUGGUUCUAAGGGCCCAGAAAGUAUUAAUAAGUACUUGGAAAAGAAUAGUUAUGAAGUUAAGCACUAA